AUGACGGAACGCGACCCCUACGGUCUAAAGCCCGGGAAGCAAGGCAGAGCGGGAGGUCACAGCCACGGCAGAGGAAAGCUUGCGCAGCCCCCACGGCCCAUCAACUUCAGGCGGCGCUGGGACCAUGGAAAAGACCUCGACGAUCCAGUCUACCCAACAAUGAAGAUUCCAGCAGCUUUGAUGCCACUGUUCCCCCAGGACUGGCGAUCUGCUGGACGAGCUCUCCUUUGUUUGGGCAUGGCCAUGCUUGAGGGGAUCCGCUUGCGGUCCAAGGGUGCCACCCUGAAGUGGCAGAAGGCUGGCUACUGCAGCGCCCUGUGCCAAGAGCAGUGCGCGAAGUCCCCCAACCGCAUCUUCUGUGCCUGGAGGGUCCAAAACACCGUCCACGACCAUCACAAUCGCUUGGAUGGAGCUCUCUUGAGCUACAAGGGCGUGGUACAUUACGAUGACCCCAAGAAGCCCAUCUACCGCAUCCUCAACCAGGUGGCCCUGAAAAACAGGUACAAGUCCGAGCGGAUGGUUUGGGACACAAGCCAGGCUGCGUACAUCUUUGCCGACCGCGAAGAAAUACAUCCAGGCUUUGGGAUCCGGCCAGACCGCGAUGAGUCCCACUACGCCCCCGACGAGGAGACCUAUGACUCUGACAGUGACUUAGAAGCAUCGUCGGCAGACGAGGACUCGGAUGGCGAAGGGCGAGCAUGUUCCUCUCCAGCGUCCGAAGUCCAAGAUUUCGUUUCGGUGGAAGAUCCCCUGCCAUCCAACGCUGCAUCCUGCAAAGACAGCACGAGGAAAAUGAUGCACGACGUGCAACAUCGAUCGUGCGUGCCGUUUGGUCCACCGAGCACCUGCCGCCAGCUCGGCUGGACUUCCAUGCUGAGCCAGCCCUGCAUCAAGGAAUUCGCAGGAAUCAUUGCCGCAUGUGAAAGUCAACUAAUGCAGACGGCAUUUGCAUCCAAGACACAUGACUCACUGAGGGCUGUAGGCUUGCUGGUUGAGAAAUGGGAUACUGACGACUUGGACGGGGUGCGGUGGGAGUGGCCGCUGGAGGGAAAGCCGGCUGACAUGACCGAUGCUCUCCUCCAGACAGUGGUCAAGGAGAUCAAGAGUGCAGCUGGCUGCACGGAAUACAAGGCCAAAGUCAAGCUCAUGGAGGCUAAUUUCUCGCAGCGCGGCGCAUUGACGCUCAUCUCCCACGAGCAGCGCAUGAUGGAGCAGGAGGCCAACGAGCGUUUCGAGGAGCUCAAGCAAGGCUUGAAGCAAAUGCAUCAGCAGCAGUUGCAAGUGGACAACUUCCUGGAAGACUUGGAGUACGUCUGCUGCGAAAGCUUUGUUUGCCACGAGGAGGAGAUAUGCUUGAGAGUGCUCAAGGGGGAGCGGUUGAAGCUCUACUACCAGGAUCCGCUGGAGUCGGACUACCUGGAGCAUGCCGGCGAAGGGUGGGCCUACGUCGGCUUCAAAGACAACGAGCAUACUCACGGAUGGAUACCUCAGGAGUGCAUGCAGGUGGCGGUGAGGUCGCCUAAGAAAAGGGUGCAGUGGCAGAGAUACAAAGUGAGAGAGAGCUGGUUCGCGCAGAAGCAUCACGACAUCGACGGGUAUCUCCGUGUGAACAAAGGGGACACCAUCGAAAUGCUGGAGACCGUGGAAGCAGAGCAUCCGGCAUGUUUAGGUCUUCGCUACUAA